GGGAGGGGGGGAAGAGGAAGAUUGGGGAAAAAGAAAACAGAGCAGAAAUGCUGGAUUAGGCGAAUGCACUCAAGUUAUGUAGGCUUCUCCUCCACUUCUUGAAGCUGGGAAAGAAAGAUAGAUACAGACAAUAAAUUAAAAAAUACUCCUAUUUGUCUAUGGCAGAGGCAAAGGAUUUCCGAGGCUACACAAUCAAGAUUGAUAUAGCUGGAUACAUAGUUUCUAUCUUCUUCCAUUGCUGUACCCCCUUCUCUCUCCUUUCUGCCACAAUUUUGGGGUGUGCAGCUCGGGCUAAGAAAAGACCCCCCCCCUACUUCUUGUCCCAUCUCACUGGGUCUCCUCAUUCCCCCUUAGAAUGAUGAUAAUAUUGAAAUAGACACAGAUGUAUAUGCUAUUAAAAAAAAUAAUAAAACAUGUUUAAAACCCCACGUUAAGAACUGACAAUCGCCUGAUCUCUGCUCGCACUCAGACUGCGGGAGCAUUGGAGCCGACAGAGAUAGAUUACGUCAAGAAAUAGUUCCUCAGUCUUACCUCUCCCAUCUCCUCCCCCUUCAGGGCACCCCUAUUCCUGGCCUGAAGCGAGGAAGGGGCUGGGAUGAACUGACUCGGGAGACGUCGUGAAAUUUUUUCACCUGGUUAAAAAUUAUGGGGGGAUAGGACGUCUUAGGGGGUAGCCUUGAAGAAGUGGUGGGGUAUCUCUGACGAGAUACGCUUUCCUGAAAAAGAGAAUGGGGGGAUCCCAUUAUUUACAGAGGUUCUCCCCCUCAGUAAAACGCAGGUCCGGGGGAUCAGCUGAGGGCGGGGGGGAGGGUGGGUAGGAGAGGGGGGAAAAGCUGGGGAAAAAAGCCCCUGCGCAUUGAUCCGCGCCGUAUUUUUGGGUAAAUACGAUCACGUGGGGCCCGAAGAGCCAAUAGGAUGCGGGGAAAAGGCUGGAAAAAUAAUUACCUGCCUUGAUUGUUCUGUGAGCAGAUAAAAAGUACAUAUACAGUUCAUACAAUAAUCUUAUGUAUGUAAAACCCUCUAACGAUGUCGGCGACGGGACCCAUCAGUAACUAUUACGUGGACUCCCUGAUCAGCCAUGAGAAUGAAGAUCUCCUAGCGUCCAGGUUCCCUGCCACUGGGGCUCACCCCGCAGCGGCCAGACCCACCGGCUUAGUCCCGGACUGUAGCGAUUUUCCGUCCUGUAGCUUUGCCCCUAAGCCGGCAGUGUUCACCACGUCCUGGGCUCCGGUCCAUUCCCAGUCUUCUGUCGUCUACCACCCCUACACCCACCAGCCCCACCUUGGAGCGGACACGCGGUAUAUGCGGACUUGGCUGGAGCCUCUGUCCGGGGCCGUCUCCUUCCCCAGUUUUCCAGCUGGGGGCCGCCACUACGCCCUCAAACCCGAUGCCUAUCCGGGCCGCCGGGCGGACUGUGGCCCGGGGGACGGGCGGAGUUACCCAGACUACAUGUAUGGCUCUCCCGGGGAGCUUCGGGACCGGACUCCGCAGGCUCUCCCCUCCCCGGAGUCGGACGCGCUGGCCAGCAGCAAGCACAAAGAGGAGAAGACAGAACUGGACCCGAGUAACCCAGUAGCAAAUUGGAUCCACGCUCGAUCUACAAGGAAGAAGCGAUGUCCCUACACCAAAUACCAGACACUGGAACUGGAGAAGGAAUUUCUGUUCAAUAUGUAUUUAACCAGGGACCGUCGGUACGAGGUGGCCCGGGUCCUCAACCUCACCGAGCGCCAGGUCAAAAUCUGGUUUCAAAACCGGAGGAUGAAGAUGAAAAAGAUGAACAAGGAGAAAACCGACAAGGAGCAAUCCUAAGAGCCAGCGAGUCAGCGGCAGCCGAAGACGGCGGCACCGCCACCAACAAAACAACAACAACAACAAAAACCACACACAAAAAUACCCCAACCGGGGCGGGAAUGAGAUCGAGAGAGCAAGCAAUCGAGGAAGGGAGAGAGCGAGCGAGAGAGCGAGCAAAAAAAAAAAAAAAAAAAAAAGAAA